UCAUUCAUCACAGUACUAUUUUGUUCCUGCUCAAGCGUUUUCUGUUCCCAAAGAAAGUUUCAGAUAACUUCAGUGAUCUACAAGAAGCGAUUAACAAAAAUGGAUUCCCAUGGUCAAUCUCAAAGCUACAAAGCUGGUGAAACCAAAGGCCGCACUCAGGAAAAGACCGAACAUGCAUUGGGUACAGUGAAGGAUAAAGCUGGCCAAGCCAUGGACAAGGCUUCAGAGACUGCUCAAGCUGCUAGAGGCCAUGCUCAGCAGACCAAGGACAGUACGGGGCACAAGACAUCUGAGACUGCUCAAGCUGCCAAAGAACGGGCUGGUGAGGCGAAAGAUAGCACUGGCAGUUACUUGCAAGAGAAAACUGGAGCUGCAAAGGAGAAGGCAUCGGAUGCUGCUCAGUAUGCCAAAGAAACUACCCAAGCUGGUGCGCAGAAGACUGGUGGCAUGCUAUCGAGUGCAGCUGAACAAGUAACUGGUGCAGCUAAAGGUGCUGUUGAUGCUGUCAAGAAUACUUUUGGCAUGGCUGGUGCCGGUGAUGAUACUACAGCUAACAGGGAUUAGAAUCCGUGUCAUUGGGGUUGUUGUUGUAUUUCUAUUAUGCUUACGUCUGCUCAUUUUGAGCAUGUUUGGUUGUUUGUGUCCAAUAGUUUUAGCGAAU